AUGUCGUCUCCAACCGUGCAACUCUCCUUUACCCUCCGCACGUCGCCCAACGUGCGCACCGUGCACUUGCUCGGCUCAUGGGACAACUACAAAUCCCAGCUGCCUCUGUCUCUGACCAAAGAUCCUGCCGCCAAACCAGGCUCCUGGAAAGGCAACUUCCGCUUCCAAGGGUCGAAUGCCCUCAAGUUGGGCUCCCGCUAUUGGUACUACUACAUCGUUGAUGGCUACCACGUCUCUCACGACCCAGCCAAGGAAUAUGUGACGGAGAAGACCACAGGCCGCAAGCUCAACAUCAUAGACGUUCCAGGAGGCGACAAGUCCAGCGCCAAACCAACCAGGCCUAGUGUCAACACGGAAGUGUCAACUUCGCGCCAUAGUAGGGAGGUUCCCCAAGGCCGUGCCCUGAGCCCUGGCAAGAUCCAACAUCCGAAGCCCAGCAAGCCCUACGCGUCCCGUCAGUUACGCGAGGCCGACUAUGAGGUAUCUCCCGUAGAUGACCUCGAAGAGCGUUUCGCAGGCUGGCGCAUUGCUGACUCGUCUCGCUCGCCCUCCGAAUUGUCAGACGACAGCUCUUCUUCGGGCACGGCUUUCUCGCGUUCUUCUCCCUCCAGCUUGUCAAGCGUCAGCGACCACAGCUGCCGCUGUGAGCGCUAUGGCGUCACACGCUCUGGCCAGCGGGUCAAACUCGACUGCGGUGGUAAGCGGUGUGGUGCAUGGAGCUCGAGCUCCUCCGAAUGCGGAUCGACCGAGAGUUCCGAAGAGUCAAGCGAGGAUGAGCGGGAACGCCGUGCCAGGAUGCGCAAAGAGGCAGAAAAGAGAGGAGCACCGGCAGCGACUGCGACGAAAGGAAAGCCCAGCAGUGGUGGGGACGACAGGAGGAGGACAGUCAUCGUGGAAAAGAGGCGGAAGUAG